GGAGGACCUAGGUUUGAAAACGCCGCGCCAUGCGCAGCCAUGGCGCUCGCCCUCGCUCUCGCGCUGGCAAGCUUCCUCCGCGCACUUGCGGAUGCGCCCAUUGCGUCGGGCGUGUGCCCAAAGGGCUACUUCCGCAACGUCACGGUGCUCUUUCCUUGUGACACAAAGACAGGGGUGGCUUUUGCACCAAUCAGCCGGGAUGAGCAGGCCAUCAUCCGGGUACCCACCGGAGUGCAGGACCUGAAGAUUUCGGUGAAGGCGGACUUCUCCAUGGAGAUUGCCUUCCAGGACCCCCGCGACACCCAGAAGGCGAUCCCUUGGCUGAAGGACGGCAUCAAGAGUGAGCCCUGGCGUGGCCUCACACUCACCUUGAAUGCAGGCCAAGUCAUCUCCCAGGCCACUGAACGCUGGCUAGGUGUUUGGGAGGUGGGCUUUGACUACCUGGGCACCUCCCAGAAGGAGCUGGACGUGCUCUUCAAGGGCGCAACCAGCGCUGAGAAGCGGCAGCUCGUGAACAUCAGCUACACCUAUGGAGCUUACAAUGGCUGCACCAGGCCAGACGUCCCCAAGGGAUGUGCCGACUUUGCGCGCUUCGCUGCCCGACAGCUGGUCUUCAACUGGAGCUCUUGGGUACAGUCCACGUACCGAACGGCAGAUGACGCCUGGGAAAAGCUAUGCGACGAGACCAUGUCAGGGGUCAUCCCCCUGACUCCUGGGCCAGUGCCCUUCUACAUGUUCGGGGAGGUCUGGGCCCACUGGCCCUUGGCCUCUUUGGUGCACCCUGGCUGGCGCGAAGCCUUCCGCUUCAUCGACUCCCUAGGCGGGACGGACCCCAACGGCUACGUGGAGAAGCUCGAGUUUCGGACGGCCUACGGGCUGGCCAGCACCUACCUCUCCAUGUUCGGGUGGUGCGAGACGCUCCGGAAGCAAUACCCCACCUCCGAGGAGGCCUACCAAUCGUUGAGCGGGGAGAAGUUCGGCUUCAACACCCCGGUGGACUUCACCAAGUGGAAGGCCAGCUUUUGGAACGACUACCAGCCCGAGGAGGGCAUGGGCAAGGCUUCCGCAGACGAAGCCUUCGUGUAUGCGGAUGCCGACGGGGACGGGGAGGUGUCGGAAAAAGAGUUUGCGAGCAUCUACUUCAGCUGCGCCCCGGAAAACGCGAACAAGCCCCCGGGCGGGCAAGCAGCAGAGGCGCAGAGAGCGGAGGAGGCGAUGACCAAGCCCAGCGCGCAGGUGUCAAUGCCUGAAGGCCCCGUGGCGCGGUGCCUCUACGAGGGCAUCGGCUACCGUGGGGAGGAGACCGGGCUCGCGCAGGCGCAGCCCAACCUCACGGUUUGCCAGGUGAGUUGCCGAACUACGCCGGGCUGCGCUCACUUCACCUUCUGGCACCAGGACGGGAACUGCAAGCUCUAUGCGAUCGACGCGCUGUGGCACCCAAGCGAGGGGGCCAUCAGUGGCCCCGUGCGGUGUGUAGCGCAGGUGCGGCUGACCCUGCAGCAGCUGAGCGCUGCGAAGUUGGCACAGGAGAAGGACGUGCUCCAGGUGGAAAUGGCCAUAGAGCUCGCAAAAGCUGCACACGUCCCGGCGCAUGAUGUCCGUGACAUGAUGGGCGCGGAGGGGCAAGUCACUCUGUCCAUGAAGGCGGACAACGGGGGCGAAGUGGUGAUGGAUUCAUUCGUGGAUAUGCCCGCGGGUAUGGAGCUGAAGGACAUGGAGAAGCUGGCCGCAGAGAGCGGUGCCCAGCGCCAGCUGCUGCAGGCGCUGCGUGACGAUGCCACCGCGCCCGACGCGACCAUGCAGGUCUUAGUGGCGGCGGUGCCGCUGACCCAGUGCUUCGUUCUUGGCACCAAGUUCACCGCCCAGCUGGAGGAAAGCUCCGCUUUGACGCCGAGCGCCUGCCAGAACUUGUGCGAGAAGAACCUCCAGUGUUCCUACUUCAGCUACAUGAAGGACGCCCAGAUUUGCAGCCUUCACCCGGCCAGCGCCAAGCCGAUCUUCUUCACCGGGGCCUUGUCUGGGCCAAAGGUUUGCCAGGACUUGCCUUCAGUCUACGAGCCCUUGGCCGAUGAGAUGGAGGCAGCUGGAGGCAGCAUCUUUAGCAGCUGGUGGUUCUGGACAAUUCUGGCGCUGCUUUCACUGCUGCUGAUCGCCUUUUGCGUCUGGCGCAAAGGCCGCUGGUGCUUGAAGAAGCUGAAGGGCCGUCAGCUGUCGCGAAAGAACGAGGGCAAGGGCGACGCCAAGCUGAACCACCGGUACAUGCCGCUUCCCGCGGACCAACAGUUCGAGCAGGACAUGAUGUCCCAGGCAGCCUCUGAUGCUGUGUGGCAACAAGCCGCGUCGCAGGCUCCGUCCGACCCCAGCCCCCAUGGCGCUUGGCAAGGGACCGGGUACGCCUACGGGACCGGAACCAACGGAUGGCCGCAAGUGCAGCGCCUGCAGACCCCCACGGGCAGCGCUAACUUCUCCACUGGCAGCUCUCGGCCGCAGUCCCCAUGGCACGGUGCGGCCGCACUGCUGACCGGCGCCAGCGCGCCGGCCGCCAGCGCGGGCAGCGCGGCGUGCUCACAGACGCAGGCGUCGCCGUGGAUGCCGAGGUUUCUCGGGGCGGAGGCCAUCCACGAGUACGACACCUGGGACUCUGCGCCUGAGAGGUCCUCCUGGCCGCAACUGCCCCCUCCCAGGCCCGUGGACUUCCCACAGUCCGCCAGCCUGCCGGCCAGACAGCAGCCGACCUUCCUGGACAGCCCUACUGGCUAUCAGGCGCGCUUUGAUGCCCGAGUCACAUAGUCCGACAAACGCGUCGCGCGCGUUGUCCAAAUUGCCACUGGGCGGGGUCUUGUGGUCUUUUGAGAGCCCAGUGGUUCGCCUGCGCCCGCGCCAAAGGGCGCUUGGGCGAUUUGGCUUGCCAUCGCAAGGCGGCCGGGACGGGGAAAUGAAACGUG